AAACCAAAACAAUCAUUAGUCUUCCUAGUUGGUGAUAUCUUGAAGAUUCCAUUGACGAAUCCCACAUUUUUUUCUAGUUGCAUCCAUCGCAUCACAACAAAAUAUGAACACCGAUGAUCCUCUUAAGUAUGAACACUCGGACAAAGAUCUUAGGAUUCCUCGUAUCUUGAAUGAGUUACAACUGAUUUACGCUCGAAGUGGAUCCUGGUUUUUGAUUUUUCAAGACAGCCAUGACUUCAUACUCAACGACGAGCCUUAUUUUUCUCUCAAUAUGCUCUAUGAUUGCAAUUCCCACCAAUUUGUGUGGCGAGUAUUAGGUCGAACAGUGGAGAAGGGUCAAAUUGAGUCGGAGGACCAUUUCACAACCACUUGUCAACGGCUUUUUCACAACCGGAAACCAUGUUUGGGGAUCAAACCCAAAGAUGCCCGUUUCCCGCUUUCAUGUCGGUUUUCUUCCACUUGUGCCAUUACCGUUGAUUCUCAAGCAUCCAAACUGGACGUGUGUCUUGAGUGCCAAAAGCUAUUCCUGCCCUCCAAAACUCGACCCUCCAAAGCUCAAGAAGACGAAGGGUUGGAUCCGGAUUAUGAUUCGACCUACAAGGAAGAGGUUGGACAAGAGGAAAUUGGCAGUGAUUUUGAUUCUUUGGAGGCUGUGGAUCCUGGGGGACAACUGCAACAUGGAAUUAGAACGAACAAAAAGACGAUCAAAGAGGCCAAUAGAAAACGCCAAACUUGGACUUGUCGAAUCUGCCAUAAGGUCCUAAAUUUUGCGUCUUCUGAGACUCAUUUGAGGAAUGUGCAUGGCGCAGCAGAGUUCAACUGCUUGAUCUGUUUCGAGUCCUUUCCGUUCGCCAAAGAGCUCACUGAUCACAACUUCCUAGUCCACAGUCAAAAUUCUACUUUAGAGUGUCCCAACUGCCAGAUAAUGAUUGACUUGGGUGAUGAUGGAGACGGAUUGAUUUCCCACGUGGAGGUUUGUAACAGGGCCAAGUUUGUCGAUACACUGCCAAAAUCCAAAGGUAAACAAGAAGGCCAGAUCCAUCAGUGUGACCAAUGUGGGAAAGAAUUUGCAACAGGUUAUUUGCUGAAAUCCCACCAAAAAACUCAUAGUGACGUGUGGCUCGAAUGCAAAACCUGUGAGUUCAAGACCAAGUACAAGCAAAACCUCAUCAACCACGAGCGAAGACACGUUCAAGGGCGAGGAACGGUUAAAAACUGUAUUUGCGAUCUGUGUGGAAAGGCACUGAGAGGACCGGAGUGUUUAGAUAAGCAUAUCAAGUCCAUUCAUGAGAAAUCGUUACAUUUUCCUUGUGACAAAUGCGACCGAGCCUUCACAAGUUCGGCCAUGUUAAAGAGACACAAAAAUAGGUUCCAUGCAGAAUCCGAUGAGUUCAUUUGCAAGGUGUGUAGUUACAGAGCUGGAGAUCAUAUCGAGCUCAGUGAUCACUCCAAGGUUCACGAGGAUCCGACACACAAGUGCCAAUAUUGUACUAAGCUCUUUAGGCGUAAGCAUCAUCUCACCAUCCAUGAACGUAUACAUAAAGGGGAAAAGCCUUUCAAGUGUGACAUAUGCGAUUAUGCCAGCAAUAACUCGGGAAAUCUCAUAAAACAUAAGAAAUUCGUCCAUCAGCAACAGAAGAAAACCGCCAAAAAAUCUCAAUUUCAAGUGGAGCAAAACUCGUCACAGAUGAUUGUAGACAAACCUUUAUCGAUGACCAAUCAACAUUUACUCUCGCAACAAGGACCCUCAAUAUUUGCCAUGAUGGAAAUCAUCAUGGACGAAACUGUCGUACCCGGCAAUGUUAGCUUGGAGCAAUUGAAUAACAAGGGUUUGUCGUAUCACAAAGUGAGGAACUGGAUCUUCAUUUUUCGAAGUGAUUUUGAUCUCAUUGCCGAUAUAAUGGAACCAUAUCUAGCUAUGACGCUCAUGGUUCAUGAAUUUAAUUUUGGAUAUGUUGGUCGUGUAAUGGGUCGAAUUGCCUUGAGUGGAUCAAUGGAAUCUUUGGGCAAGGAUCUGCUGGGUUUAUGUGAUAAGUUCUUUAUAAAUACUAAACCAUGCCUAGGUUUUCAACCUAUAGACGACCUUUUCCCGAAUUCCUGCCAGUUUUCUGAUCAAUGUUUUAUGUACAUCUCCAACUCCAAAAUGACAUCAGAAUCCUCUAUCUGCCAAGAGUGUUUGCGAUUAAGUCCAAAUAUAGAAACAUCGCCAUCACUUGUGGUUAAAUUUGAAGAACCCAAAACUGAAGAUGGAUCCAUAUCUGAAGAAAUUGACGACAUCCUCACAGAUUUCAAAGAAGAGGAGCCAGGUUCUGAUACAAGCAAAGACAUCCAAAGUGAUGCCAAGAUCAAAAAAACUAAGUUGAACAAGAAUGACGGAAGGUCUUGCCGUUUAUGUGGUGCUCAUCUCAAAAGCCUUUCAAGCCUUUGUGCCCAUAUGACCUUAGUUCACUUUCGAGCUUACUUCGACUGCAUUCAUUGUGAUGCCAAGUUCCGAUUUGCCAAGGAACUAACCAACCAUUUACUAGCCGUUCAUCCAAAGACCCUAAGUGCCAAUUGUCCAAAGUGUCUAAAACUAAUUGAAUUGGAGGAUGAGCUAACUCUGGCUGAUCAUCACGAAAUCUGUGUGAGAGAACACACCAGACAAAAAGUGACGGUGAAUCGUUUCAAACGGAUCCGACGUGAUCGUCCUCACCAAUGUGAUCAAUGCGGAAAAAGUUACUCCCUGAUCGAAUACCUCAAGAACCACAAGAAGAAGCAUGGGGAGCCGAUCAAAUGCUCCAAAUGUGACUUUGCCACCACAUCCAAUCAAUAUCUCAAAGAGCACGAGAAGAAACAUUUGGUAGAAGAAGGUUUGGCACCCAAAGCCAUUUGCCAUCUCUGUGGCAAGGAACUCAGUCAGAAUACGUCCUUAAAGAACCACAUCAAAUUCGUUCACGGUCAGUUGAAUUUUCCGUGCGAAAAAUGCGACCGGGUCUUUACCAGAGAAAAGACCCUGACGGCUCAUAAGAAUCGUGUUCAUGGAGAAUCGGACAAGUUUCUCUGCGGCGAGUGCGGCUACCGAGCAGGGAGCCAAAUGGAGUUGCGAGAUCAUUCUCGAACUCACGAUGACACGUUACACAAGUGCCGCUUGUGCGGAAAGUUGAUGAAAUCGAGAAGGACUCUUCAAAACCACGAAAGGCUGCACAAGGAGAACGGAACAUUUUUGACCGAUAUUACCUUAAAACCGUAGGGUUAAAAUAGAUGCUCUUAAAUGAAUAAAUGAAUAAAAAUUAUUUUAUGCCAAGA